CCCCGAAAAACAGCGUAAACUUCAGUCCGAAGUGAAGAAGAUACUGUGAAGACGUGCUUCCUCUUCAGCCUAUAAUGAUUAUAACUCAUUAAUCCUACUAAUGUUUUCGUAUGAAAAUGGAGUUUUACACACGGACUUUCUUCCAGUGUCUCUUACUCACAUUAUUAUGUGAGCACGUUUGCGCGCAGGUGUUCAAUCUCAGUCUCUCCGUAGAGGAAGGUUUACCUGCGGAAACUAUUGUCGGGGAUAUAAGAGCUGGACUACCGGCGAAAACCCAGAGUUCUGGAUUUUUUAUAUCUGAGAGCAGAGAUUCGGAGGUGUUCAGAGACUUUGAGAUCGACGGAGACACCGGGAUCAUCUCCACCGCAGUGGUGUUGGAUCGAGAGCGCACAGAUAAGUACGAGUUCGCGGCCGCAACCUUAACAGGGGAGGUUAUUAAAGUAUCUAUUCAGGUGACGGAUAUAAAUGAUAACUUCCCAAUAUUCCCUGUAAAAACAAUCCAUUUGAAUGUGUCUGAAUUAAGCCCUCCAGGAACCCGCUUUGAGUUGGAAGGAGCACAGGACAAGGAUGAGGGUGAUUAUGGCACCCAGGGCUACAGAAUAACAGAUGGAGAAAUGAGAGAACAUUUUAAAGUGGAGAUCCGCAGUAAUGGAGUUGGCAUGUUCAAUUUAGACCUUAUUCUGCAAACAAGAUUAGAUAGAGAAAUAGCAGACUUCUAUAGUUUCACAAUUGAGGCUUUUGAUGGUGGUGUUCCACCAAAAACAGGCCAGUUGCAAGCGCAUAUUUCUGUACUUGAUGAAAAUGACAACCAGCCUGUUUUCAAUCAAUCCGAGUAUCAUGCUGUCGUAAUGGAAAAUGCCACAAUAAUGACACCAGUCUGCCAGGUAUUUGCGACAGACACAGAUCUUGGAAGCAAUGGCCAGGUCACCUAUGGGAUCAAUCGCCGUCAAAGUGACCCCAAUGAGUUUUUCGCUAUUGGCAGUUCUUCAGGUAUCAUCAGUGUCAAUAAACAUUUGGACUAUGAAAACCAGUCAUUUUAUGAACUCAUUGUGACAGCAUGGGAUUUCGGAAUUCAACCCGAAUCCUCCAGCACAUUUGUAAGUAUUAAAGUCCUGAAUGUCAAUGACAACCCUCCGAAUAUUAGCAUCCUGUUUCUUAAUGAGGCUGGAGCACCUGAAGUAUCUGAAGGAGCAGGACCUGGAGACUAUGUUGCCAGGAUUGCCGUCUCAGAUCCAGAUUUAGGAGAUGUCAAGAAGAUCGAUGUGCUCCUCCAAGGUGGGGAUGGGAUGUUUUCCCUCAGAUCCAUGGAUGAUUUUCUUUAUGUUCUCUGUGUUGAUGGCCCACUGGACAGAGAGAUGAAGGACUUGUAUGAACUCACUGUGACUGCCUCAGAUUUUGGUUCCCCUCCUUUGAGCAGCAAGAAAACAUUUCAGAUUCAGGUCACAGAUGUGAAUGACAAUCCACCUGUUUUUGAUCAAACCAUGUAUGAGGAAAGCAUUGACGAGGAUGUGCGAGAGGGAACAGCUGUAUUUCGAGUCAAAGCAACGGACAGAGAUCUAGAAGGGGACUCUGGAAUCAUCUACUUUAUUGUGCAGUCAGAGCAAAAGUGUCAAUUUAACAUAGAUCCAACAUCAGGCCUCAUUACUACAUCUGCUGCCCUUGACCAUGAGAGAGAGACGGAGCUGAGGUUUGUGGUGGUGGCGAGUGAUGGUGGUUCCCCUUCUCUGUCUUCUACAGCCACUGUGAUCAUCCAUGUGGAGGAUGUCAAUGACAACAAACCCAUUUUCCAACAACAAUUGUAUAAUGCAACUGUCAAAGAACACACAGCUGUUGGAACAUGCAUCUUACAGGUCACUGCCAUAGAUGCCGAUGGUGCUGAGUUUGGAUCAGUGCAAUACUCCCUUUAUGACGGCUUCAGUGGCAAGAAUGUUCACCCUUUCUUUCACAUAAACUCUGUGACUGGGAACAUCUGUGUGUCUCAAGAUAUUGAUCACGAAGCUGACCUUUUGACCUUUGACCUGUUGAUUAAAGCUGAAGAUCAAGACGGGUUCAGCUCGCAAACAUUUGUUCAUAUCGACAUAGAAGAUGUCAAUGAUAAUGCUCCUGUUUUUAAUCCUGGGAAAUAUGUCACAAGCGUUAGUGUCCAUGCCCAACCUGGCACCGAGCUCCUUAAUGUUUAUGCUUCUGACCAAGAUGCUGGAAACAAUGGGAAAAUAACAUACGAACUUCAGCCCGGAGAUUCUGCUACUUUAUUUACCGUGGACCAGUCAACAGGUUCGGUCUACCUGAGCUCUUCUCUAAUGCAGCUGCGCAGUAGCAGUGUGAAGCUGUCUGUCUCUGCUCGAGAUGGAGGAGGCUUGUCUGCCGCUCAUCCCGCUAACAUCACUGUGAACAUCUUGCAGAGCGACCAGCCUCCUGCCCUCUUCCAGAAAGCCCAAUACACCUUCUCCAUCUCUGAGGACGCACCAGUGGGCUCUUCUGUGGGUUUGGUCCAGGCCAUUACCCCUGCAAAUUCAGUGGAGGUAGUUUCAUAUGUGAUAUCCUCAGGUGAUCCGCAGGGGCUUUUUUCAAUUGAUUCCCAGACUGGCAUCAUCAACACUGCCCAGCCCCUGGACCAUGAGUCUAUCUUAUAUGUCAUUUUAAACAUACAGUUCCACACAGGGACCCUUCCUAUCCACAGCAGUGCUCAGGUCAAUGUCUCCAUCAUUGACGUCAAUGACAACCCUCCUGUGUUCCAGAAGACCUCAGAACACAUCACCAUAUCCCGUAACACCCCUCCAGGAACACCACUCUUCAUUGCACAUGCCCACGACACAGACAGUGGACUUAAUGGCAGAAUUCAUUACAUGUUACUUCCUAAAAGCCACUUGUUUACCAUCCACCCAAAUCUUGGGACUCUCAUACUGAAUGGUGAUGUCUUCAGAGAUUCCAGCUCGAGGUACGAGCUCAGCAUCAUAGCUGAGGAUGAGGGUCAUCCUUCAUUGAGCUCUACAUUAGGGCUAGUGGUAGAGAUGGAUUCUUCUGCUUCUGUGGAAGACACUCUAGCAUUUGAAACUCUGGUUUAUCAAGUGGAAAUAGGAGAAAGUGCUUCAAAAGACACCAGAAUGAUUCAGGUACGUGCUCACGGAACUAAAUCUCAAUCCAAAGGAACCUCUGGAAAAGAAACCUCUGUUAUCACUUACUCUCUUAAACCUCUCUCUGGAGUCCCACCAUUCAGAAUCCACCCUGAAACUGGAUGGAUGUUUGUAUCUCAGAGACUUGACUAUGAAACAGAACCUAUCUACAGAUUUUUUGUGUGUGCAAAAGCACAGAAUAGCAAAAUGGAGGCCACAGCAACUGUGGUGGUCAUGGUUCAGGAUGAGAAUGACAAUGCACCAGUUUUCAGUAGGGAUGUGUAUUUCUUCAGCGUGCAGGAGGGACCGUCUCCUCAUGGAGUGAUUGGAACAGUAAAAGCUUCAGACAGAGAUUCACUUAACAAUGGAGUGUUGUCCUACAUCUUGCUGACAGAUGGAAAAUACUUUUCUGUCAACUCCAGAACAGGAGAGAUCAUAAACCUGGUGGCUUUGGAUCGUGAGGAGCAGGCGCAGCAUGUUUUGAGGGUGAUGGUCACAGAUCAGGGUCGACCUCGUCUCAACACCACCACUACUAUUCACAUUACUGUGACAGAUGUCAACGACAACCGGCCACAAUUCACACACAUACCUUCCUCUAAAGAGCUAAACGUACAGGUGUGGGCAGGUAUUCCAGUGAAUUCUGUUGUUAUCAGCAUGUUUGCUAAAGACCUUGAUGCUGGAGAGAAUGGGACUGUCAAGUUCUCCAUGACAGAUAAUCAGCUGGGCCACUUUAGUAUUGAUAGCCAUAGUGGUGAUGUCAAAGUGACACCACAGUUCUCCUCAAACCCGCAGAUGCGCUACACCCUGAGAGUGGUUGCCACAGACAGUGGCCUUUUUCCCCUGGAGGAGACUGCAGUUGUUCACAUACAGGUUUAUGUCUUGGAUCAACAAAAAGAAAAUUUCCAGAGCAGCCUUCAACACUUUACUGUACUAGAAGAUGUGAGACUGGGAACUAUCAUUGGAUCACUUGGUGUUUCUAAUGCACCAGAUACACAACUACGAUAUUCAAUUGUUGAGGGUGAUGGUAGUUUGCAGUUUGGCAUUAAAAGUUCUAGUGGCCAGCUUUAUGUGGCACAGCAUCUGGACUACGAAGUCACUCAGCGCUACUUCUUGGUUGUGCGUGCAGAAGCCUUUCCCACUUUUAAUGUCACUGUAUUUGCUGCGGUCAGCAUUCUCGAUGUUAAUGAUCACAACCCCUGGUUCCCUAGCAAUGGCAACAUUGUGAUGUUUGGUGUUUAUGAGGAUGUUUCCAAUGGAACAGUGGUAUAUGUGUUUAAUGCACAUGAUGGUGAUGGAAGUCUACACUACAGUGAGCUUUAUUAUUCUUUGAUCUACGACCCCAGCCCUGCCAUUGAAGGGCUGCCUUUACACAUUGACCAUCACACUGGAGUUGUGACAACAAAUGGACAACUGGACCGUGAACGCACUGAGAACAUUAUAUUUAGAGUGACAGCCAGUGACAGCUUGAAUGAGCCCAACGAAAGGAAAAAUGCAUCAAUCAUAGCUCAGAUGAUUGUGCUGGAUAUCAAUGACAACAGUCCUACAUUUGUCUCCAUGGAUAUAGCAUGUGUCCCAGAGCACACAGAAGUUGGACUUUUGGUUCAUCAUGUGAUGGCCAGAGAUGAAGAUGAAGGAAGAAAUGGGCAUGUCACUUACAGUGUGUCUUCAGGGAACGAGAAGGGCUACUUUCACAUGGAAAGCACAGGGCAUCUGUUCCUGAAUUCUUCCGUGGAUUAUGAAUCCCAGCAUGUCCACAUUCUCACUGUCCAGGCUAGAGAUAAUGGUGUCCCGUCUCUGUCCUCCACUCAGACACUCACUGUGAGGGUUCUGGAUGUUAAUGACCAUCCUCCUGUGUUCCAGCAGCACAUUUACAACACCACUGUCAUUGAGAACAGAGAGCCAGGAGAGAUCAUUGUUCAAGUCACUGCAGUCGACCUGGAUUCAGAGGUGAAUUCUGCUCUGAGCUACAGCUUGUUACCUGGCCCUGGAUAUGAGUUCUUCACAAUAAACUCCCACACUGGACACAUCAGCACUUCCGUUCGGCUAGACAGAGAGAUCCAAUCCACAUUUACUCUUAGAGUUCAGGCAGAGGACGGUGGGACUCUGUCUCUAUCUGGAACUACAACAGUUUUGUGCGCUGUCCUGGAUGAAAACGACAAUGCUCCGCAAUUUCCCCAACCUGAUUUACAUAUAGUAAUUCCAGAAAAUUUAGCUCCUGGAGUCAUUCACAUUGUCCAGGCCUCUGAUAUUGAUAAUGGGCUAAAUGGAACUAUUCAGUACUCCAUAGAAGAUAUAGAGUGUUUCAGCAUUGAUGCAGUGACUGGGAUGAUCCGUACUACUAGACCCCUGGACAGAGAGGAACGUUCCAACUACUCCCUUCUCAUCACUGCAGCAGACCACGGCCAUCUGCCGUUGAGCUCCUCUGCACUGCUGCACAUCACCCUUACAGAUGAAAAUGAUAACAGCCCCUCAUUCGCCCGGAAAAGCUAUCGAGCCAGCGUUAGCGAGGGGCUCCCUGCGGGUACAGAGAUCCUACAUCUGAUUGCGUGGGAUCCUGACGAGGGGGCCAAUGGUGUAGUGACAUUCUCCCUGGAGGAGGAGAAUUCUGGAAACUUUCAUGUUGAUGGCUCUACUGGAAUGAUAAAGCUCAAAAAGCCAUUGGACCGUGAAACUCGUUCCCAGCAUGUAUUCAGGGCUGUAGCUACUGACGGUUGCAGCGAAGGUCCACGAAGCUCCAUCGCUACAGUUACAAUUCAAGUGGAAGAUAUUAAUGAUAAUCCACCAGCAUGUGUUAAGGAACCCAUGCGAGUGUCAGUGUCUUCAGUGAACGCACGUCCCAAUCGACCCAUUGUAAAGGUAUCGGCCCAUGAUCCUGACCAAGGGGAUAAUGGGACUGUAGUGUUUAGACUUGCAGAAGAAGAUGAACUGUUUCAGGUCGAUGGAUCUGGAGCUGUGAGGCUAAAAGCACCCCUGAGUAAUGAAGUAUCUGGGACAAAGCUGCUCCGCAUACAGGCUGAGGAUCUAGGUAGACCUUCCCUCACCUCCAGCUGCCUUCUGCUGAUUCAGCUUAAUGAUGAAGAGCCACUGUUGCAGUUUACUGAAGACCUUUAUGAAGUUGCAGUUCCAGAAAACAGCAAGACAGGAUCUUGGGUGGCCAAUGUUGUAGCUCAUGACCAGACAUCAGAUGAAGGAAUGAUCAAGUACAAUAUUUUUAGUGGCAAUGAAAACGAAGCCUUCAAUAUUAACCCAGUUACAGGUGAUAUCACUGUAAGGGAUCAGAGACUACUAGACUUUGAGGUUCAGCGUAAAGUUCAACUAGUAGUCCUAGCUGAAAACGGACACCAAUCAGCGUACGCCAGGGUGGCCAUCACUCUACAGGACAUCAAUGACAAUGCACCAGUGUUCAAGCAAAGCUACUACAGAACAGCUGUGUGGGAGGGACAAAUUCAUAACACCUAUGUCAUGCAGGUGUUAGCGACAGAUUCUGACAGUGGUGUAAAUGGGCAGAUCAGUUACUUCGUUAUGGAUGGGAACCACAAUAAUGCAUUUGUGAUCGACUCUGUUCGAGGGAUUCUUGCCACAAAUGCUGUCUUGGACAGAGAAAUUGUCUCAUCCUACAAGUUAAUUAUCCAGGCCAAGGACAUGGGAAAUCCACCUCUUACAGGCACCUGUACUGUCCGUGUCCAGGUUGUAGAUGUAAAUGACAAUAGUCCUACAAUUCCAUCCAUGGAACCAGUGACUAUUGCAGAAAAUCUUCCUCUUGGUUAUAUUGUCACCCGAGUGAUUGCAAACGAUGUGGACCUUAGUCCUUCAGCAACAUACAGAUUAAUAGAGAAGGAUGAUACCAGCAGAAGCUUUGCAAUUGACAUGUACACAGGAUUUAUUACCACAACUAAAAUCCUGGACUAUGAAGAACAAGCUGUCUAUACGCUGAAAGUGGAAGCAUCAGACUCUGUUCAUCAAACUGAAGCUGAAGUCUACAUCCAGGUGUUGGAUGUCAAUGAUAACUCUCCAGUCUUCUCUCAGGAGUCUUACCAGGUUGCGUUGCCGGAGCAUACAUUGGCAGACACAUUUGUUGUGUCUGUUUUAGCAACUGAUAAAGACUCUGGCCAAAACGGAAGAGUUUCUUAUAGGCUACUUUCCUCCCCAGUGAGAGGGUUCUACAUUGAUCCUGACAAUGGUUCUGUGUUUACCAACAAGCCUCUGAAUUAUGUUACAAAUGGAAACAUAUUACGGCUUCUGGUGGAGGCACGUGACAGUGGUGACCCUAACCUUUUUUGUGUCACUUCUGUGGAUAUAGAAGUGGUGGACUUCAAUGAUAAUGCCCCAUUCUUCACACAAAACUCAUACCAGAUAAGUGUUCCUGAGGAUGUGUCUGUUGGAAGUACUCUAAUUACUCUGUUAGCAGAGGACAAGGACUACUCAGAUGAAAACACGCAUUUAGAGUAUGUAAUCAUUAGUGGAAAUGAUGAGAGGCAGUUCUGCCUUGAAGUUGUUAGCAUUCAAGCUGAACCACACAGUCGAACUGUUGGCCAACUGGUUCUCUGUGAUACUCUUGAUCGAGAGACUACAGAUGCAUACUCAUUAACUGUGACUGUAACAGACAGGGGAAUCCCUCCCCUAAAUAGCUCAACUGUGGUUUCAGUCAAAGUCCUUGAUAUUAAUGACAAUGCACCUGCUUUCAGUAAUCCAGAGUACCAUGCACAGGUCAGAGAGAACAGCCCUGUAGGUAUGGUUCUUGUCCAAGUGUCUGCCUACGAUCCUGAUCUAGGUGCAAAUGGCACCAUUACAUACAAUAUAGUCUCAGGUAACAGCAAAGGCUUAAUCACAGUGGACUCUUCAACUGGUGUCAUUAAAGUUAAUGGGACACUGGAUUAUGAGGAGGAUACCAAAUUAACCGUAACAGUCCAAGCAUCAGAUUGGGAAACUUCAAAUGACAAAAAAGUAUCUUUUGCUGUUGUUUACAUUUUGGUUUUGGAUGAGAAUGACAAUUCCCCGUUCUUCAUGUUCCCUACCUACAACUGCUCGGUGUCUGAAAAUCUUCCAGCUUUUACCCCUGUAUGCACAGUACAUGCUAUUGAUGAAGACGCUGGAACCUUCGGACUGCUUAGUUAUUCCAUUGUAACUCCCUGUUUUGUGGACUAUGACAGUAGCAACCCAGACAAGAAGGAAGCCUUUAGUAUUGAUCCUCUAACUGGAGACAUCCACACAAAACAGACAUUUGACUAUGAAGGAGAUCGUAAUUUCUGCUUUGUUGUAGAGGCACGUGACAAAGGAGAUCAAGUUGCAACCUUGAGAGUACGAAUUGAAAUCGAAGGCAUUGAUGAGUUUAGUCCCAUCUUCACACAGAAUGUGUACCAUUUCUCUUUGCCAGCUAAUCCCAAAGUUGGCCAAAGUAUAGGCUACCUGAUGGCUAUGGAUCAUGAUGGUGGUUUGGAUGGUUUAGUAGAGUACUCUUUAGUCAGCCCUUCCCCAUUUUUCAAUGUUAACAAAACAAAUGGCUGUCUAUUUAUUUCAAACUCUGUGUACCAGAAACAAAACCCCAUCUCAAAUGAGACAACAGAGGACCUGAUUGUUCUAGCAAGCAGCCCCAAAUUGGACUCCAGGUCAUCAACCUGUCAUGUUAUUGUUAACAUAUCCAGUUCGACGAAGGCUUUGGCAAGUGCUGAUUUCAGUGUUCACACUGCCACUCUCAGUGUAUCAUUGAUCAUGUUCCUCACAUUUCUACUAAGCUUCAUUGCCCUUGUUUUAAGGUGCAUUUCCAAAAAGAAUGCCACAAAGAAGACACCCUCUUUAUCUGCUAAUCUUAACAGUGAGACUGACUCUUUCGAAACAACUGCUGGCAACCUUCACAACAGUGUUAGUGGUAUUAACCUCCAAGAUUUACAAGAGCCAGUAGACUCGUGGGGAGGAAUAGAUAUCCCAAACCCAUCAAGUAACUCAAACUCGAAUGCCUCAAGUGGAAGAGGAUCUACAGAGGAAGAGACAGCAGAGGACGAAGAAAUCAAGAUGAUCAACAAGUUUCCAUAUUUCAAAAGGCUUAGCUCUCUCACAACACAACAAACAUUAAGAGUCUCAGACUCAGGGAUUCCCAGAGACUCUGAUCAAUUCUCCUUCCACUCUGCAGAUGAAGAUCCGCCUUUUGAUCCCAAUAUAGGUAUAGUGAGAAUAGUGGAUAUGCCCAGUUCUGAGAGUCUCCAUAAUUUCAAGGAUGAAGGAGGAGGUGAGGGCAUGCUUCCACAGGUGGUUAACAUGAAGGAAGUUGAGGAGGUCAUGAGAAGGUGCAUGUCUAUGCGUAAUGACCAGGGUCCAGUUGAGGGUUCACUCGCCAAUCUGAUUUCCUCUGAGGAAAGGCUGCAUGGAAGCCACAGUUGGGACUACGUCAUCAACUGGCAGCCACGCUUCCAAACUUUGGCCUCUGUUUUUACAGACAUUGGGAUGCUUCCAGAUGAAGGAAUGAGGACCAGAGAUGUGGAGCCAGAGUCUCAGAGUCUUUUACACCCACCGCCGCUCAUUACAGCUGUUGCCCAGCCAGGAAUACGUGCCAUUCCACCCAGAAUGCCUUAUAGAAGAUCGCCCCUGGUUAGAUUGCCCACAUACACUAAGAGCUUCACUAGAAACACAGAAUUGAGAAGUUCAGCAAUGACUCCUAAUUUCUCCCCCUCUCUGUCAAUACUUACGGUUCGGACACCCAGUACCUCUCCAGUGGUCUCAGAAACAGGUUUGGGAUCCUACACAAAAAUAGCAACACUGCCUAGAGACAUGUUGGAUGAAGCAGAGAUUCAAAUUUAAUAUUGUAUAUAUUUGUUUUGUAUGUUGUAUGUAAGUAUGUAC